AUGGCCAGGAUGGAACUACCCGUUCUCGAUAAGUUUUGUUUUAUAUUCCACCUGAAGACAGGAUGUAUUGCUAUGGGAAUCAUUAAUUCGAUCCUGACGUUCGUUCUAGCAGUAAUUCUGAUAACAUUCGCUGUGGAUAUAAAGGACGCUGCCGAUUCCAAACGAGAUGACUUUGACAGUGGGAUGUCUUCGGUUGUCUACACCAUCGCUGUGCUGCUGGUGGUGCUCCUGUUCGUUAAGUUUCUGCUAGACCUGGUCUUCGUUUAUGCUGUGCAUAAGGAGAAAAGUGGCAUCAUUAAGAAAUACUGUAUCUUCUGGAUUGUGUUCCUGGUACUCUUCAUCAUCAGCUUCCUCAAGACUCUGUUCCACAUGGGCGCAGGACAUGUUAUCUCACAACUCUUCUUUUUGGCUGAGAACUUCUACUUCAUCAUAGUCAUCCGCAGUUAUCUGCUAUCAAUCAACGAAGACGGGGUUCUGUAA